AUGGUCGCGCCUAGCCCGCUCCAUCUAUUCAAGAACGCCGGCGCCCAUGUUAUCCCGCCAGCCACGAAGACCUGGAGGAGGAGCUCACCGCUCUCCCUCCUCGCCGACCGCUGCGCCUCCAUGCGGCAGCUCAAGCAGGUCCACGCGCAGAUGGUCGUCCGCGGCCGCAUCCACGAUAACUACGCUUCCAGCCGCCUCAUCUCCUUCGCCGCCCUUUCCCCCUCCGGCGACCUGCGCUACGCGCUGACCCUCUUCCAGCAGACGCGAGAACCCAACUCCUUCAUGUGGAACACCCUCAUCCGUGCCCUCGCCGAAGGCCCGACGCCGUCCGACGCCGUCGAUCUCUACGUGAAGAUGCAGGCCAUGGGGUUCGCCCCCGGCAGGCAUACCUUCCCCUUCCUGCUCAAGGGCUGCAUCAACUGCCACUCCCUUUCCACCGGCCGGCAGGUCCAUUCCCAGGCGCAGAAGCGCGGGUUAGACGCGGACGUGUACGUCGUCAACAACCUGAUCCGCUCCUACGGGUCCGGCGGGCAGAUGGCGGAGGCGAGGAAGCUGUUCGACGAAGCGCCCGACAGGAACCUCAUCGUCUGGACGACGAUGGUCAGCGCCUACGCGCAAAACUCCCGCUCCGACGAGGCCCUGCUGCUCUUUGAUGAGAUGGUGGCGGCGGGCCUUGAGCCGAGCGGCGCAACCCUCUCCGCCGUGCUCUCGGCGUGCGCCAGGGCUGGCGGGCUGACCGCGGGGGAGAGGGUCCACGCGUACAUGGAGGAGAAGGGCGUCGCCGUUGGCGUCGUCCUCGGCACGGCGCUGCUGGACAUGUACGCCAAGAACGGCGCCGUCUCGACGGCCCGGGACUUGUUCGAUCGGAUGCCGGAGAGGAACAUCGCGACGUGGAACGCGAUGAUCUGCGGCCUGGCGAGGCACGGGCGCGCCGACGAGGCGUUGCGGCUGUUCCGGGAGCUGGAGGAGGAGGUGACGGUGGCGCCGAACGACGUGACCUUCGUGGGGGUCCUGUCCGCCUGCUGCCACGCCGGGCUGCUCGAGGCCGGCCGGGGGAUCUUCCUGUCCAUGCGGAGGGACUACGGCGUGGAGCCGAAGCUCGAGCACUGCGGCUGCAUGGUCGACCUCCUGGGCCGCAGCGGGAGGCUCGCCGAGGCCGAGGACCUGAUCAGCACCAUGAAGUGGGAAGCCGACGUCGUCGUGCUGGGGGCCCUGCUGGCGGCGUGCCAGCGGCACGGGAACGUCGACGUCGCGGAGCGGGUGGUCAGGAGGAUCCUCGACCUCGAGCCCCACAACCAUGGCGUCUACGUCGUCCUGUCGAAUAUGUACGCAGAAGCAGGUAUAUGGGAGCAAGUCGAGCUGAUGAGGAAGACCAUGGUUGAGGGCGGGCUGAGAAAGGUCCCUGCGUGGAGCUGCGUAGAUGAUGACAAGAAUUAA